AUGGAACUUUCAACACUUGCUACGUGUGUUAUUGUUCUUGUUGGAUCCAAUUUUGCCAGUGGUACAGAACCAGAAGAAUGGAAGAAGGAAAUCCCCACAUGUGGUGGAGAGCAACAGUCUCCUAUAGAUAUUAAAACAGAUAAUGUCAAGUUUGACCAAAGACUACGAAAAUUCAACUUUACUGACCUCGAAUUGCAUAGAGAUGUUAAAGUAACAAUCCAUAACAACGGACAUACUGUACAAGUUGACAUGGAUGAUCAUACGAUAAAGGUAACAGGGGGUGGACUGCCGGGAACGUAUAUUGUAGACCAGUUUCAUUUCCACUGGGGAUCAGAUGGUAGAAGAGGAUCAGAACAUGAAAUUAAUGGAAAACAUUUUGCAAUGGAAAUGCAUAUUGUAAUGCACUCUGACAGAUUCUCUGACUUCGAUAAAGCUAUGAGCAGUACACGUGGUCUGGCUGUCCUUGGCUUCCUGGUCGAUGUUGGUCAACAUAAUCCACAUUUUGAAAAGAUCAUCAGUCAUCUAAACGAAAUUGGGCAUAUAAAAGACAAUGUCACUCUGGAAAAAUUUCAAUUGGCAUCGCUGUUUCCACGAACAGACUGCUACUACAGGUACUAUGGAAGUUUGACAACACCACCCUGCUUUGAAAGUGUUAUCUGGACAAUAUUUAAAGAACACGUCCAUAUUUCUGAGGAUCAGCUUAACAAAUUCCGAGAUCUAGGGAAAAUAUAUGGAAACGUGGAUCUGAUUAACAACUUUAGAAAUCCUCAGCCACUUAAUCAUAGAGUUGUUACCACCAACUGUAUUGAACCCAUUCCAUCUGAUUGUGGUGUUGGUUGGAAGACUGGAAGACAACGACGUCGUUGCUUAAAUCUAUUCAAAAAGUACAUAAAGGAUAUUCUCUCGAUUUUGAGACCGAUCAUCACACCGAUUUUGAGACCGAUAAUCAAAACCGAUUUUGAGACCGAUUAACCAAAAUCAUGAUAAUGACGAUGAUUAAUGUGUUCAAAUAAAAUACGAUUC